GCGCUGUCGGAGCCGCCAUGGUGCGCUCCGGUCGGCCACUGGACCUGGGACAUGGCGUACCCGGCCGGCGGCGCAGCAAUGGACCAUACGAUACCAUCCAUGGGGCCGCAGUCCCCAAUCGACAUCAAGCCGGAUACGAACGCUCUCAUCUCGUCGUCCAGCUACUCUCCACGACCGAACCGGCCCCACUCGCCGUCCGGCAUGGCGGCCCAGUCAUACUCGCUGCUUCCGCCGGCCUACCUGACCAACGCCCGGAUGCCGCAGCUGCCGCCCAACCACCCGCUCUCCAACUCCAAGCACUUCUGCGCCAUCUGCGAGGACAGGGCCAGCGGCAAGCAUUACGGCGUGUACAGCUGUGAAGGCUGCAAGGGCUUCUUCAAGAGGACUGUGCGGAAGGACUUGAGCUAUGCGUGCCGAGAGGACAAGAACUGCGUGAUCGACAAACGGCAGCGGAACCGAUGUCAGUACUGCCGCUACCAGAAGUGUCUGAAGAUGGGAAUGAAGAGGGAAGCAGUGCAGGAGGAGCGGCAGCGGUCGCUGGCUCGGGGCGGCGAGGAUCAGGUGGAGUCGACCUCCGGCCAAGCGUCCGACAUGCCCGUGGAGCGGAUCAGAGACGCCGAGGCGGCCGUCGAGGCGCGCGACAAGGAGCUUCCCUCCCCACACACGGACAUGCCGCACCAGCAGGUGCGCGCCGCCAUGGACCACCAGCUGCGCCAGCUGAUCGAGUGGGCCAAGCGGAUCCCGCACUUCCUGGAGCUGCACCGUGCCGACCAGGUGGCGCUGCUGAGCGCCGGCUGGAACGAGCUCAUCAUCGCCAGCCUGUCGUACCGCUCCGUCCAGCACCCCAACACUAUCCGGCUGGGUAACGACCUCAACGUAGGGCAAGACCUGGCCGACUCGGUGGGCCUGAAGGACAUCUUCGAGCGCAUGCUGGUCGAGCUGGUGACCAAGAUGCGCGACAUGAAGAUGGACCUGGUGGAGCUCGGCUGCCUGCGCACCAUCGUCCUCUUCAACCCCGACGCCAAGGGCCUGAAGUCCGUGGAGCUGGUGGAGCGCCUGCGGGAGCAUGUGUACGCGACGCUGGAGGACUACGUGCGCCAGGAGUACCCGCGCGAGCAGGGCCGCUUCGCCAAGCUGCUGUUGCGGCUGCCGGCGCUCCGCUCCAUCGGCCUCAAGUGCCGGGAGAAGAUCCUGUUCCUCGACCUGCUCGGCUACGGCCAGUCGAUCGAGUCGUACGUCUCGAGCGUGCUCGACAGCGGCUACGUGCGGCCGGAUGCAUGAGCCGCUCGGCCCUGCUCAACGGGUGCCGGCGUCGGCGCUCGCACCCGCGUCCGCGCCCGCCCGCGCCGCCCGGUCCCUGUCCCUGUACAGCAUACUUCCGUCUAAACGUCUCUCCCUUCGUCAGACUCGGU